UUCCACACCUUAUCAAAUGCCAGCUUCCACGAAACUGCGACAAACCAGGAUGUAAAUUGGGAUAUCUUUUGCUAUAUGAAUCUCAUCUCAUGCAUUUAAAGAGUAUUUCUAUUUGCUAUCACAAAAAUAAAAAUGUCAUCCUUAACCCUUGCUAUGGUGGUUGUAGUGUUACUAAUACUAAUAUUCCCUUACAGCAAAGUGUAUGGUGAAGAACAACAAGAUUCAUGUUUACGAAGGUGCGGUGUCCAUAACAUCAGCCACCCUUUUCGGUUGAAAGAUGGUCCGGAAAAAUGUGGCGAUAAGAGGUACAACCUAUCAUGUGAGGACAACAACCAAUUGAUUUUGUACUAUGAAUCUGGAAAAUACUUUGGAAAAUACUAUGUACAAUCAAUUAAUUACAACAACUUCACCAUAAGAUUAUUGGAUUUCAAUCAUCUUGGUUCCUCUAAUUAUUCUCUCCUCCCUCCUUAUUAUUCAUUAGGACUCUACAAUUUCAGUUCAUCCUUAACCUCACCCUAUGAAUACACAAACCAAUAUCAUCUAUUGUCGAAAUCUAUAUUAUAUGUAAGCUGUCCAAAUAAGGUACAAUAUUCCUCCGGUUAUAUGUAUGGUGCUAACUGUAUGAAUAGUACUUCGUAUUCACAAUACGAGAAUUAUUUCUAUUUUAAUGGCUACAAUGAAUCUCCGUCGGAAUUGGAUUUGGGAGACGAGUGUCGUAUAGAGUUUAUGUAUCUCACAUCUUGGCCUCUGGAACAUGAUGGUGGUCGUCGUGGCAACAACAACAUUUCUUGUAUGAACAUCCGUCAUAUGAUGUUUUAUGGAUUUGAACUUUCUUGGCUCAAUAGUAUUUGUAAAGAUGGUUGGGCUCCGCAGCUCGUUGACAAUAACCAGCUUAUCUGUAUAGAUUACAGGUCACAUAGUUUUUUAAGUGUGGGUUUCUUGGUCGCCUUCAUAGGUCAGCUGAUUGCUUUGUGCAUCGGUGUUAAAUUUGUUCUUGGAGCGCCCUGCAUCCUUAUAUUAAUAAUCUACAAAUGGCGACGAAAACAUCAAUCUAUGUAUGACAGCAUCGAAGAUUUUCUACGUAGUGACAAUAGCAUCAUUCCUAUAAGGUACUCUUACAAAGAUAUAAAAAAGAUAACCGACAAAUUUAAGACAAAAUUAGGCAGUGGUGGUUAUGGAUCUGUUUUUAAAGGACAACUUCGAAGUGGUCGUCUAGUAGCAGUCAAAUUAUUGGAUAAAGUAAAGUCUAACGGUAAAGAUUUUGUCAAUGAAGUUGCUACCAUUGGUAGGAUUCAUCAUGUUAAUGUUGUACAACUUAUUGGCUUUUGUGUGGAUGGUUCUAAACGUGCUCUUAUAUAUGAAUUUAUGCCAAAUGGGUCACUCGAAAAAUACAUAUUUUCUCAUACUGGAGAGAGUAAUUUCUUGAGUUGUGAAAAUUUGUAUGCCAUUUCUCUUGGAGUGGCUCGAGGCAUUGAAUAUUUGCAUAAUGGAUGCAAUAUGAAAAUUCUACACUUUGACAUAAAGCCUCAUAACAUCCUUCUUGAUGAAAACUUCAAUCCAAAAGUAUCUGAUUUUGGAUUAGCGAGACUUUGUCCUACAGAUAAAAGUAUUGUGUCAUUAACCGCCGCAAGGGGAACCAUUGGAUACAUGGCCCCUGAAUUAUUCUACAGAAAUGUUGGUACAAUAUCUUACAAAGCCGAUGUCUAUAGCUUUGGAAUGUUGUUAAUGGAGAUGGCAAAUAGAAGGAAGAACUUGAAUGCAUUGGCUGAGCAAUCCAGCCAGAUUUAUAUCCCUUUUUGGGUUUAUGAUCAAUUAAAAGAUGGAAGGGAGAUAACAAUUGAGAAUGAUACAAAUCAAGAAAUGAAAUUGGCAAAGAAAAUGAUGAUUGUGGCUUUAUGGUGUAUACAAACAAAACCUAGUGAUCGUCCUUCAAUGAAUAAAGUAAUUGAGAUGCUUGAAGAAGAAGAUAGCGAUUUACAAAUGCCUAAUAAGCCUUACUUGUAUGCACAAGAUCUACCAGCUGAGGAUGUUAGAGAUGAUAGUAGUGGCAGUACAUGGUCUUCAUCUAGUAUAUCGAUAACUUAUUCCAAUGAAGCAACCUGAUCUCAUUUGGUUCUCAAUGAUUCACACAUCAAUUGCAUCUAACAUUUUGGUUUCAAGCCAUGGGUAUGUAUAAUGUCACAAUAUGUGUGUGUUUUUUAUUGAAAAAUGAUCAAGUUACAUAUUUGCAUACAAGUAUAUAUAUCACAUAUAUACUAUC